AGUAGCGGCCCUCCCCUCUCCACACACACCGGCAGGACCGGAGCGCUCAGAUAAAAACUGGAAGCAGAGAGGCUCCCAACUCAGACCGUACGAGGAAAUCCAAGGGACACACAAACUUCUCCUGCAAAGACAAAGAGAUAUUAGCGAACCAGAAGAGUUUGAACGAGUACUGUGAUAAUUAAUAACCACUUGAGCGGGAAACCACUCGAUUAAACAUGACAACCACACUUGGACUUAUAGUGCUCCUAUCUGCUCUCUGCUGCAGCCAAGCUGACAAUGUGAAGCUGCUCCGCUCUAAAAGAGGGACUCGUUUUUACAGAGGUGAGCCUGACAGGCAGCCUGCUAGACGGACGCUUUUGAUUAUUCAUGUCCAGAAGUCUUCAUCUUCCUUUGACACGUCCUCACAAUGUGUUGAUAGUGAGACAUCAGCUGUGCGUAGUUCAGGGGACACUUGGCUGCAAUGGAAGGGACGACAGGUGGAAUAUUGUCGUUGUGCAUUGAGAGGACGAGAGCGUUGUCAUGUUGUGCCCGUCAUCAACUGCUACGUGUCUCACUGCUACAACGGGGGAACCUGUAAGGAGGCCGUGUACACGUCAGACUACCUCUGCCAGUGUCCUCCAGGCUUCAGCGGGGCUCAGUGUGAGAUCAACACCAAUGAGAAGUGCGUUGUGGGAAAGGGUGAAGGUUACCGCGGCACAUGGAGUACCAGCACUUCAAGAUCAGAGUGCAUAAACUGGAACUCCACAUCUCUGAGAGGAAGGAGGUUCACCGCCAGAAAAAACGAUGCUGCUAGUUUGGGACUGGGCAAUCACAACUUCUGCAGGAACCCUGACAGUGAUGAAACUCCUUGGUGUUACAUCUAUAAAGGCACUCAGAUCUCCUGGGAGGCCUGUUCCAUGCCCAAAUGUCCUGAAGAUAAAUACCAUGAGUGUGUGAAGGGCACCGGCCUGUCCUACAGAGGAACAAAAUCUGUCACUAAGAGCGGCUCUCGCUGUCUCCCGUGGGACUCUCCUGCUUUAAAGCGCAAAGUCAACAACGCUUGGAAAUCUGAGGCACUGGAGCAGGGACUGGGCAGCCACAGCUUCUGCAGGAAUCCAGACGGUGAUGUAGGACCAUGGUGUCACACCUACAAGAACAUGCAGCUGAGCUGGGAGUUGUGUGACAUACCUAAAUGCUCAACACGUCCACCUACCAUCACAACCCUCGGCCCUCGUGCACCGACCACCAACAACAAAGCUACAUGCGGCCAGCGUAUGGACAACAGCUUGAAUCGCCCUGCUUUCCGCAUGUUUGGUGGCAGAACGAGUGACAUCACAGAGCAGCCAUGGCAGGCAGCCAUUAAUGCUUACCAGGGCCGUCUCAAAAAGCACUUUCACCGAUGUGGAGGGGUGCUUAUUGACUCCUGCUGGGUGCUGUCAGCUGCACACUGCUUCGAAGACAGUGUUAAAGCAGAAAAAUUGGAAGUGAUUUUGGGAAGAACGUUCCGGAAACAGAAUUCCAGCGGCGAGCAGAUUUUCAAGGUUGAGAAGUACUGGAUCCACGAGCAAUUUGACCACGAAACAUUUGAUAACGACAUCGCUCUUUUGAAGCUUCAGACGGACAUUGGCAUCUGUGCUGUAAACUCUCCGGAGGUUCUUCCUGCGUGUCUGCCCGAGCGUGGGCUGGUGCUGCCCGACUGGACUGAGUGUGAGAUCUCAGGAUACGGAAAAGACUCUGAAUUUUCUGCAGAGUACUCGGAGCGAGUUAAGAGAGGUUUUGUUCGCUUGUGGCCCAAAGAGCGCUGUGUCCCUGGUGUUCUAUCUGGACGCAAAAUUACCUCCAAUAUGCUGUGUGCAGGGGACACCAGAAACAGGGAUGAUGCCUGCAAAGGAGACUCUGGUGGCCCUCUGGUCUGUCGUAACAAAGAGAAGAUGACUCUGAUGGGUGUGAUCAGCUGGGGUGAUGGAUGCGGGCAGAAGGACAAGCCUGGGGUCUACACCCGUGUCACCAAUUACAUUGAAUGGAUCAAUGGGAAAAUCAAGGCAAACCCUGUCUAAAGUCAGAGAGACUGCAAAGAAGAUGUUAUGAAUGACUAUACCCAUAAACACAGUGGGUUAAACAUGAAAUGUUGAUGUUUAUCAUCGAGACAAUAGCCAGAGAGACACACUUGAUUCUGAUCAUGUUCAGAGUUUGUCUGAUGGUACACAACUAACCUGAUGGUAGUUUUUAAAGCACCUAAAAGACUCCAACAGAAACGCACAAGAAGAACUUCAAUCAUGAGUUUGAAUGCUCAGUGUAGUUCUUGUUUUCUGUUCUUUACUCUGUGAGGCAGUAUGUAUGGACAGAAUCACAGGACACACUCUUGAUCUUCAUUAAUGUUUUGUCAUGUAUAAAAUUUGUCCUCAGAGUUGUGACACAACAUAGGAGGUAAAGGCAGGAAUAUAGGAUUUAGUUGUUUUUUUCUGCCCUUAUGGGCGGCUCUACGCUGAUUAAUGCAGAGAAGUCUCAGUAGCAGACUUCAGGUCAGUAGCAACUUUUGAUCUAUAAGAGCACUCCACUUAACAUUAGCAUUUAGUUUGCACAGUAGAGUACGUCACAUAGGAAUGUAAGCUUUUUUCAAGGCUUGUGCAAGCAAAGGAAAGCCUGUGCUGGAUUUGUGUUCUCAAUGUAGUUUUACUUUACUAGUUUUAAUGCAAAGUUUGCUUCAUUUGAGGGUCUGGGAGGAUCAAACCUGAAUAUAAAGAAAAGACUAAUCUGCUGGUUCAGAUUCUGCUUGAUGGUGCAGUUUUAAUUCUCCAACCUUCCGUAUUUUUCCUUGUAGAUAGGAUGAUAUUUUAACAGGAGGAGGACAGAUAUUUGAGACUUUAACUCUAUUUACCAAAUCUGUGACCUGUUCUUCAAGCUUCACUUUACAAGAAGAGCAAACUCUCACUUGGUCUUCCUUAUAUUUUUAACCAGACUUCAAGAGCACUUCUACACCAGUCUCCUGGGUUGAGCCCAACGUGUACAUAACAUGUAAAUUGAUUUUACAUUGAAACCGACUGGGGGUUUUGUCUUUUGUAUUUGACAUUAAACUGCUUUUUGACUGCAAAGCUUAAAUUCUACUGCAACUAAUUGUUCUAUGAAUGAGUUUAAGAUUUUUUGUACAACACUUUUUUAUUUAUGUGUUUUAAAACCGUUUUGUAGAAAACACUUUUGUACUGUGUGUACUAAAGCUAAAUAAUUUAUUGUCACUGUCAUCAUAACCACAUCUUGCAACAUACUCCUUGGUUAAUAAAUAAUACCAGAAAUAA